AUGUCGCAGGCCGUUGGAAAUACUACACUGGCCUACGCUCGUGUAUGGCACCAUGUAGACGCUUCCGACCGCGUUCUGGGUAAACUUGCAGAGAGGAUAGCGUUGGUGCUGAUGGGCAAGCACAAGCCAAUAUACGACCCUAGCAUCGACUGUGGCGACUACGUGGUCGUCACGAACGCCCGAAGCGUGAAGGUGACGGGAAAGAAGGAAGAACAGCUGCUGUACCGAAAACACACGAUGUUCCCUGGUGGUUUGAAGGAGACGCCUUACAAGACGAUGCAGGAGAGAAAACCUGACGAGAUUAUUCGCCACGCUGUAUCCGGCAUGUUGCCCAAGAACAAGCUGCGAGACCGACGGUUGGAGAGACUCAAGAUCUUCCCUGGUGACCGCAUGGGCAUUGUGGGUGGCAACAUCCUCAAAAGCUGGGAGGACGGAAGCUUGCCUCAGAACUUUGACCCUUCGGUACCAACGACCUCCAAAACCCUUGCCGCCCUCCGAGAGGCUCAGCAGUCCGCAUCCAAGUCCACUUGA